CCGUCACUCUCCCGACAGCCCUCACGCAGGCGCGCGUCUUUAAGCAACGGAAGAAGCACUAGGUGCGGCAGUGCGUUGCGCGGAAGCGGCUCGCACGCCAGGCGCCGCCAUGCCCGGGGACCACCGCCGCAUCCGCGGCCCUGAAGAGUCGCAGCCGCCGCAGCUGUACGCGGCCGAGGAGGAGGAGGAGGCACCCACCGCCCGCGACCCAACGCGACUGCGGCCCGUGUACGCGCGCGCGGGGCUGCUGAGCCAGGCCAAAGGCUCGGCCUACCUGGAGGCGGGAGGCACCAAGGUGCUGUGUGCAGUGUCGGGCCCGCGACAAGCCGAGGGCGGCGAGCGCGGCGGCGGCCCGGCCGGAUCUGGCAGCGAGGCCCCGGCCGCGCUGCGCGGUCGCCUGCUCUGCGACUUCCGCCGCGCACCCUUCGCAGGCCGCCGGCGCCGCGCUCCCCCGGGCGGCGGCGAGGAGCGUGAGCUGGCGCUAGCGCUGCAGGAGGCGCUGGAGCCGGCCGUGCGCCUGGGCCGCUACCCGCGCGCUCAACUCGAGGUGUCGGCGUUGCUGCUGGAGGACGGCGGCUCGGCCCUGGCCGCCGCGCUCACCGCCGCCGCGCUCGCCCUGGCCGACGCGGGCGUGGAGAUGUACGACCUGGUGGUGGGCUGUGGCCUGAGCCUCGCGCCGGAGCCCGCUUCCACCUGGCUCCUGGACCCCACGCGGCUAGAGGAAGAGCACGCCGCCGCCGGCCUCACCGUGGCGCUCAUGCCUGUGCUGAAUCAGGUGGCCGGGCUGCUGGGCAGCGGCGAGGGCGGCCUGAUCGAGAGCUGGGCGGAGGCCGUACGCCUGGGCCUCGAGGGCUGCCAGCGCCUCUACCCCGUGCUGCAGCAGAGCCUGGUGCGGGCCGCCCGCCGCAGGGGCGCCGCCGCCCAGCCCUGAACUAGAAGCCUGAGCAACGACGGACCAAGCCCAGGACCGUGCUGCCGCCGUCUCUGAAAAGACCCGCGCCGUCGGCCUACAGCCUGCGUCGAGAUAAGCAGCCGGAGCCCUGGAGAGCACCUGGGUAGGCCCUAGCAGAGCCAAGGCGCCGGACAGCUGUGGUGUUGGAAAGGCUUUUUACAAACCUCGUUAAAGGAACUUUACUUGAGCCGGCUCUCAGCUGCGACCCAGUUGAGGAAACCUGUGAGCGCAUCCCGACUCCCAAGUUGGAAACUUUAGCUGAACUUACCUGGAAGCUGGUACCUGGAGCUGUUGUCAUUCAGGCCAGCCAGUGACUCCCUCCGGUAUAACUGGGCGACUUUUCAGAGGAUGGACAAGAAGACUGUGCCUUCUGUGUCUGAGCCAAAAGAAAGACCCUUUUAUAUUUGAAAAA